CCUCACCAAUUGCACCCUGCACUGUCCUUCACUUGCAUCUUGCACAUGGCUUAGCUGUUUUCGCUGUGCUUUCCAACAGCUCCCACCACCAUUUUCCACAAUGGCCGAAUGCGCGAACCCCCUCCUUCUCUCCUGGGUCAAAGAAUGGCUCGACACUGCCAGAGAACGCAAUUCGAAAGGCGUAACGACCUACAAGACAGCCCAUGACUCGUUGAAAUCGUGUCCUCUACCGUUCACCCAUCCAUCCGAAGCACAGCAACUCACAGGCUUCGGGCCAAAGCUAUGCAGUCGAUUGACGGACAAGCUGAAGGCUUAUUGCGAGGAGCACGGCUUGCCUAUGCCAGAGAUUCCACAGAAGCAGAGAAAGAAGAGCAAGAACAAGGAUGACGGAGAUGAUGAACCUGGAGACGAAGGUGUUCAGCCAAAGAAGAAGGCCAGGAAGCCGAAACCAUAUGUGCCAGGGCUGAGGUCCGGAGCAUAUGCAUUGAUCCUGGCACUUUCGACACUCGACGAAAAUGCCCCGAGUGGGCUCACGAAGGCCCAGACAAUUGAGUUAGCACAACCGCAUUGCGAUGCCUCUUUCUCAGCACCUGCCGACCCGAAUAGUUUCUACACUGCCUGGAGUUCGAUGAAGACAUUGAUCACGAAGGAUUUGGUUUGUGAGAAGGGACGGCCAUUGAGGAGGUACUCGCUCACGGAUGAGGGAUGGGACGUUGCAAAACGGAUUAAGAAGAGUUCUGAUCCGAAUCAAGGACGAUUGGAUACAUUUAUAGCAGCAGACAAACCAGCUGCACAAUCAAACGAGGACCAAUUUGUCGACCUGGGAUUCAGUCCUCCUCGCCCAACAGCCCAACAACCUUCAGAAUCCCCCACAAAGCCGACUUCCUCUUUCGCAGACAUCAUUCCUCAAGGAGAGCUGGUCUCCAACCCAUCCGCCCUCCCAACAUUUAUGCCUAUCAUUUUAGAACCCGGCUCUUUCACAGUGGAGCUCGUCCUCGACGUCCGAGAAAUCCGUGCGAAGACAGAUAGAGACUACAUGCAAAAUAAUCUUCUCACUUCCGGCGUGAAGCCCAUAAUGCGAGCCCUCGAGCUCGGCGAUAUUCUCUGGGUAGCCAAAGCCCGAGAUCCAGCUCUCCUCUCCCGACUCGGCGCUGAAGGGGACGAAGUUCUUCUCGACUACAUCAUCGAACGAAAACGACUCGACGAUCUGGUAAGCAGCAUUAAAGACGGACGAUUCCACGAGCAGAAAUUCCGCCUCCGCAAAAGCGGAAUCAAGAAUGUGAUCUACAUCAUUGAAGAAAUAUCUAUGAACUCCGACCAUUUCCAGAAAUACGAAGAAGCAGUACAAUCGGCGAUUGCCGGGACACAAGUUGUGGAGGGAUAUUUCAUCAAAAAGACGCAGAAGAUGGAUGAUACGAUCCGUUACCUUGUUUCCAUGACCAAGUUGUUGAAGCAGAGAUAUGAGAAGAAACCACUGCAUUUGAUUCCCACAAAGGUUAUUACGACGGGGAAUUACAUGCCACUUGUUGAGCAUUUAAGGGAAACCAAGCCUGCGACGGAAUUCCAUAUCACAUACUCAGCAUUCGCUUCCCUGUCGUCGAAAUCCGAAACCUUGACAUUACGGGAUGUGUAUCUGAAAAUGCUGAUGUGCACGAGAGGUAUCACUGGGGAGAAGGCGUUGGAGAUUCAGAAGAGGUGGAAGACGCCGAUCGAGUUUGUGGAGGCGUAUAAGAGGAUCGAGGAGAAGGAGAGGAGGGGAGAGCAGAGCAGGAAGAGAAAGGCGGAGUUGGUCUCUGCGGAAAUGGGGAAUCUGGUGGGGAGGAAGAAGAUCGCUAAGGCCUUGAGUGUUAAGGUUGCGGAGGUUUGGGGGGAUAUUUGAAUUUUGCCGGGAAUUUGAUUGCGGUCUUGGCGCCUUGGUAUAGAAAUAGGCAUCUUACGCAAGGAUUGGUGUUUGGUCGGUGUUUGGUAAUUGUAUGAUUAAUUGGAGGGCGUCUGGGACAACAUGGUCUGCUUUCGUCUCCGACAAUUUCCUGUGGCUGGUGCAUCCGUG